AUGCCCAAGAAACCUGUUAUCUUAACACAAGCCAAGAACAUUGCCGACAAGUCUGAGGUCAACAAACUUACCAUCAAAUUAUCCAAACCAAUCAUGUUGUAUAACGCUGAAGUUUGUCUCCCGACAUACACUGCAGGUUCAUAUAACGGACAAAACGUGCCUCAAUUUGAUCGAGUACAGACUGUAAUCGUCAACACAGAUAUCGUAAAUAACAUAGAAUUACCCCAUGCACAAGCAGUGUACUCGCAUACACCCACAGUUGCCGCCGCGAAUGAGACACGUAAGAUCAGGAUCACACCUAGGUAG